AUGCCGACGCCGACGGCCGGAGCUGGGGAUCAGGGUGGCGCACGCCUCCAAGGGAGCCUUCCGCGAGGGUUCCGGGGCGUCCCGAGGUGUGGGCAUCUUUGUCGGGAAGGGAUGGAACUGGGGAAGGGAGAGUGUCCAGCCCCGGGCAAGAGACAUGACGGACGCUCUGCUCAGUCCUGCGCGUACCCGAGACCCGCCCUGGAGGCCGAGGUCAAGGGACCGCACAUCCCCGACCCGACCCUGACCGCAGCCUGGGCGUUGGUCGAGGGGUGGCCACGGCCACGUCUGGCACGGACCUGCCUCGGAGCAGCCGCACAGCCUUCCAUUGUCUGGUGGUGGGCACUGUUAACAAAAAUGAGAACCACAGAUUAUGAAACACCAAUAAGGAAAUCAUUUUUGAGUUAUAACAAAACCAUAUGGGGCCCUUUGGAACUGGUGGAGAAACUGUACCCAGAAGCAGAGGAAAUCGGAGCCAGUGUCCGGGAUUUACCAGGUCUUAAGACUCCUCUGGGCCGUGCCCGGGCGUGGCUUCGAUUGGCCCUCAUGCAAAAAAAAAUGGCAGAUUACCUUCGUUGCUUAAUUAUUCAGAGGGAUCUCUUGAGUGAAUUCUAUGAAUAUCAUGCACUGAUGAUGGAAGAAGAGGGAGCAGUAAUCGUUGGGCUGCUGGUUGGCCUGAAUGUGAUAGAUGCUAAUCUGUGUGUUAAGGGAGAGGAUUUAGACUCACAAGUUGGAGUGAUCGAUUUUUCCAUGUAUUUAAAGAAUGAAGAAGAUAUUGGAAAUAAAGAAAGGAAUGUUCAAAUUGCUGCCAUAUUAGACCAGAAAAAUUACGUUGAAGAGUUAAAUCGACAACUGAACACAGUCAGCAGCCUCCACUCAAGAGUCGAUUCAUUGGAAAAGUCAAAUGCUAAGCUGAUCGAAGAGUUAGCAAUAGCCAAGAAUAAUAUUAUUAAGCUUCAAGAAGAAAACCAUCAAUUACGAAGUGAAAAUAAAUUGAUUUUCAUGAAAACACAGCAGCAUUUAGAGGUUACCAAAGUAGAUGUGGAAACUGAACUUGAAACAUACAAGCUGUCUCGCCAGGGGCUGGAUGAAAUGUACACUGAAGCCAGAAGACAGCUGCGAGAUGAAUCUCAGUUACGACAGGAUGUGGAGAAUGAGCUAGCAGUACAAGUUAGUAUGAAAAAAGAAAUUGAACUUGCCAUGAAGUUGCUGGAGAAAGACAUCCAUGAGAAACAAGACACUCUAAUAGGCCUGCGGCAACAACUGGAAGAAGUUAAAGCAAUUAAUAUAGAGAUGUAUCAAAAGUUGCAGGGUUCUGAAGAUGGCUUGAAAGAAAAAAAUGAAAUAAUUGCACAAUUAGAAGAAAAAACCAAUAAAAUUACUGUAGCUAUGAGGCAGCUGGAACAAAGAUUCCAGCAAGCAGAGAAGGAGCAACUGGCGGCUGAAGCCGAGGGUGAGAACUAUCUGCAAGAAUGUCUGAGGAAAUCCGAUAGUCUGCAGAAGCAAAUCUCCCACAAGGAGAAGCAGCUGGUACAACUGGAAACGGAUUUGAAGAUUGAGAAGGAAUGGAGGCAGACUUUGCAGGAAGACCUUCAGAAAGAGAAAGAUGCCUUAUCUCAUCUUAGAAAUGAGACCCAGCAAGUCAUUAGUCUUAAAAAAGAGUUCCUUAAUCUCCAGGGUGAAAAUCAACAGCUGAAAAAGACAUAUCACGAUCAAGAGCAAGCUCUUCAAGAACUUGGCAACAAACUGAGAGAAUCAAAACUUAAAAUAGAAGAUAUACAAGAAGCCAACAAAGCAUUACAGGGACUGGUUUGGUUAAAAGAUGAAGAAGCAACACAUUGUAAACUUUGUGAAAAGGAAUUCUCACUUUCCAAGAGAAAGCACCACUGUAGAAACUGUGGGGAGAUUUUCUGUAACGCCUGCUCUGACAACGAGCUGCCGUUGCCUUCUUCACCAAAGCCAGUUCGGGUGUGCGAUUCCUGCCACGCAUUGCUGAUUCAGAGAUGCUCAUCUAACCUGCCAUAGACCAGACCUGAAGCCGUACAGAACGGAAGGAUGUAUGCACGAUUAAUGUUAGUUAUGGACAUGUAUGCAGAGUAUCCAGGCAGCCCUUAAACCUUCAGUCAGUAUGGUACCCCAGUUUAUUUUCCAUAUAUCCAAACCCUUAGGAACAAAAGGUUUUCAGAUUUCCUUCCUUUUUAAUUUAAAAAAAGCAAAAGCAAACUUAUAAUCAUGUAGCCCUUAAAUCUACUGAAAGGCUAGCUAGCACAGUUAACACCUAUUUGCCUUAUCUUAUAAAGGCCUUCUUAAAUUUAAGGUUUCAGAUUUAUUCUUCCAGACUUGUUAAUUUGAUACAUCAUCCUCUUAAUGCACUUUAAAAUAUCACAGCUCUGAUUGGAAAUGUACAAAACUUUCUAGAAUAAUAUUUUCAUUUAACAUUUUCAUCUCCUUGGUGAGGUUUCAACUAUAUUUGCCCUCACUUCACCUCCCUCCUUUUUGAUUUUGCUUUAGAAAAAAAAAUUUUUUUUAAGUCUUUCAAAGUUUUGCCUUUGAUGUCUGAAGACUAAGUUUUUUAAAAUUUGUAUUAAAUUUCCAUUCUAAUAAUCAUGAGGUUAUAUAGGGUUGCUGUGAGUUAAAUAAAUUUCAUGGCAGUGGAAAUUCAUAUCAGAGUCUAUGUGUGUGGUAAACACUGAACAGCUGUCAGGACUUCAGAUGAAGAUCAAUGCCCUACCAUGAUGUACUUGGGUUAUCUUAAGCAUGAAAAGUUUCAGUAAAUACUAAUUUGACUAUACUACUUACAGCAUACCAAGAAUUUAUUGUGUAAAAAUUGUUACCCCUGUUAUCACUUGAACAGAACAAUAUCAUUAGGGAAUCUUACCUUAUUAACUAUAUAUUUUGUAUUAAUUUCAACAGUGCACUUUAAUUCCGUGAGCCUUUCAAAAUGCCCUUGCAGAUUUUCCGUUAAAAGAGCAUUCCAGAGAGGGUGCACCCUCUUCCCCCUGCAGAUGGAAUCACUUUUAUUUUGCAGAUUCUUUCGAGUAUUUGCUUUAAGGUUUAAAAUUGUUUAACAUACAGUUUUCUAAAUUUGCUUAAGUUUGAAACCAGUAUUUUACUUGAAGAUCUAGUUUUUCUGUAACCCAUAAGUUUUCAGUCAGCUUUUGAGGUCAACUUUUCUUGGAAUACUGAUAGAAAUGUCCAGAUUUAUAUUCUUGAACAGUUUUUGUAUGCUACUCAGAUUUUUGUUGAUUAGUGGCAUAAAUGGGUAAUUUCCAAUACUUUUAAAAAUACUGUGCUUGGCAAAUAUAAAAAAUCAUCAUUUCUAGUUGUUUAUGAAUUUUUUGCCCCUGAAAACUUGUGUGCCACAUCAACUUGGGCUUUUUUGGGGGGUGGCAACUUCUCUAACAGCACUUCUACUUGCGCUGUUUAGUUUUAGCAUAUUUAAAAAUAGUUUAUACUUAUUUUUGAACUUUAUAACAUUCACAAUUUGUAUUUUGAUUGUGAUCUUACACUACUUUCUCUUUAAGAUUUGCUCCCACAUAAUACUUCCUCACCCAAUGUUAUCAUGGUGCCAAGGAACUGAGAUUGUAAUUCUUUUACACUGUAAUGUUUUUAACAAAAUGUGACAUUAAAAAAAAAAAUCAAAUAAAGAUUUGAAAAUUU